AUGAGCUCGGCCAUCAGCCUGCAAAUCCGUGUGCGAGGAGGCAAUGUCAAAUGGAGAGCUCUCAGGUUGGAUACUGGGAACUUCUCGUGGGGCAGCGAAGCCGUUACUCGCAAAACCCGUCUCCUGGAUGUUGUAUACAGGGCCUCAAACAAUGAGCUUGUUAGAACACAAACUCUGGUGAAAAGCGCCAUCUUCCAGGUGGAUGCAGCUCCAUUUAAGCAAUGGUACCUCCAGCAUUACGGAUUGUUGAAUUGCAUUGUGAUGGUAGUGAGGAAGGAGAAUCCGUGUGCGAGGAGGCAAUGUCAAAUGGAGAGCUCUCAGGUUGAAGAGCAGUUUGGAGGUGGGAGAUUGCUGGCUUGCAUAUCUUCCCGUCCAGGCCAAUGUGGUAGAUGUGAUGGGUACAUCUUGGAGGGUAAGGAACUUGAGUUUUACAUGAAGAAGUUCCAGAGGAAGAAGGGAAAGGGUGCUAGCGCUGCUGCAUAAACAGUUUGUCGACGAGGCUUUUUCUUUUUAGGCUUUCGAUAGGACAUAUAUGUUGGUUGCUAAUCACUCAUAUAUUUCAUGCAUUUAUACCAUCAAUUUUUAAAGUCUUUAUGAUGUUUUUGUGUUAAAAUGGUUGCAUUUUACCUUAGCUUGUGUUAGUGUGCAGUUAAAUUUGCUUUAUGAUCAAUUUCAAGCAAAAAGGAGAAAAGGAAAUAAUAAAAACAAACAAAAGAAUUGGAAGUGGAGCUUGUCUCCACGAGUGGUGUUUGAAAAAGAAAUCAGAAAGCAAAGUGAGGGAGUGAGGAUAAAGUGGAGCACUAGGAAGUGGGAUGAGGCUUGUCUUCCACUUGUGGCCUUAGUGACUUGGAAAAGAGCUGCCUUUUGUUAAAGACAAGAAAAGAAAACACACAAACUGGCAGUGGGAAAGACACAAGGCACACGGCAGAGAGGAAAAGAAGGGAGAGCAGAGAAGAAGAGGAGGAAUGGACAGAGUUGCAGGAGCAACAUAGCAGAGAGCAGAAGGGAUGCCGUAGCUCCAAGAGGAUCGGAGAGCUCAGGAGAUAGCUUCCUUGUAAAAAAAAAAAGGGUUGUCUCUUUCUUUGAUUCUUCAUGGAUA